AGAGCUGGCCCCGCCCAGAGAAUGGAAAUCCCUCAUUCUGCACGUACAGAGAGGGAAUAUAUGGCAUAGCAGCCCCAGUCCAUAUACAGUGACAGUGUGAUCCAAUCACUGUGUAUAUGGGGACAGCCCCUCAUACCUACCCUAAUCUGUGACCCCAUUCCCUCUCUGAUUACUCCUGCUAUCUAGAAUCCUCCCCCAGCAGUCAGUGCUUUCAUUCCUGGACCUGUCACCCUGCUGGCUGCCUGAUCCGGCCAGGAUUCUAAAGAUGGAAUGUUGCGGCUUCCUGCGAGUCUGAGCAUUCGGAGCCCCACGUUCUACCCGCUGCAGGAAACAUUGACCCGCCUAUGCCGCCUGCAGCUGCCCCAGUGAUGCCCCUCAAGCACACCCCGACUGCGGACCUGGAAAAACUGGCCCUGGAGCACAUCGUGCCCCGCCUGCUCUCCAAAGGCUUCUGCUAUCUGGACAAUGUUUUGGGGGAAGAGGUGGGCGAGCGGGUCCUGGAGCAGGUCAGCCAGUUACACAAGGAGGGGGCACUGAAGGAUGGCCGGCUGGCGGGGAACCUGCAGGGGGUCUCCAAGAGUCAUCUGAGGGGGGAUAAGAUCACCUGGGUCGCUGGCACAGAGGAAGGGUGUGAGGCCAUUGGACUGGUUCUGUCUGUCAUUGAUCGCCUGGUCGUGUUAUGUGGCAACCGGCUGGGCAAUUACUAUGUGAAGGAGCGGUCCAAGGUGAGAAGAACACUGUAACCCCCUUAAUUGGGUCAGGCACCUGCAUGGACUGCGUCCACCAAAGACAUUGAAUCAAUUAUUCUAAGAAAAGUAAUGUAAUGAUUAUACAGAUUGUAUGAACACACACACAUGUAAUGUUUAAUGACUGCACCAAAAUGUGAAAAAAAAAAAAAAUGGUCUAAUUUUAAUGAAGAAUAAUAAUAAAAAAUAAUUGUUGGAGUAGUAGAGGAGGCAAGAAAGAUACAACUUUGUUUCUCAAUUCCUUUUGGUCAUGGAUACAAGUUAGUUUGGGGAAUACUUGCAUUCUAUUUUUUUCUAUGGCAAUUAAACCCCACUUGUAGAACUUUGCCCCUACAAAUGAAACCUUUUAUUGGUGAACAUAAAGUCGCAAAUUCACCUUUUUUUGGUUGUAUGUAUGGAGCCCUUCUGCUAAUCAUAUAUCUUAAUCUAAAUGCCACGUAAGUACACAAUGAAACAGUACAACAAGCGGUCACAGGAGAUCCCAUAUGGAAUACAUAUAAUUUACGCAUAAAAUAUUCUUAUGCAGGGCCGGUUACUCCUGACCUACCAUAUACUCUUCUUUAAAUCCCCCACAACCUUUAGUUUUCUUUUCCUCAAUAAUGUAGCUUCAAAUUCUGCAUCCUUGCGCAUGUAGUGAAGGGUUUAAAUAUUCUGAAUUCGAUAAAUACGGUUAUUUUGUAAUACACUCAUGUAGCCAAAAACGUUUGUCGCAUGUCCUGGAAUUGACUCACAGUGAUCACGGGCUCAAUUCUGUUUUCAUCGUAAUAUUUAAUUAUAAAAAUGGGGGAAACAGAAGAUACUGUUUGUGGCAAGGAACCUGUUGCCCUAAUGAGGCAGCCUGGCUGAUGCCACAGGGACUGAACGCAGUACAGUGAAGCUUUUGUUAUGAAGUAGUUAAAUGCAUUGCUUGGAUUGCCCUAUUAGGACAUUAUGAAAUUCUAAAUCCACUCGUAGACUCGUAUAGAAGGAAUGCUGCGCUGUAUUUGCCACCAAAUCUAAUGCAAUACAUAUUUCUUAUUUUUUGCAGGCAAUGGUGGCAUGUUACCCUGGUAAUGGCGCUGGGUAUGUACGGCAUGUGGACAACCCCACUGGAGAUGGGCGCUGUAUUACCUGCAUCUAUUACCUAAACAAGGACUGGAACGCAAAGGUUAGUCUGAACUUUAAUUUCUUUACUGUAUGAGAAAUAAUCUCAUCUGUUAGAAAGAUAUAUACAUCAUGGAAUACUAUGAUAAAGGCGGUAUAAAUUUGGGAAUAUUGCUUUUAUGGACACCAUAGUUAUGGGAAUUGUUAGUGUAUUCUCUGUUGUGGGAUCGACCUGUUGCUGGUUACUUAUACUGUAGAAUGCUCCUGUGCUUUUUAAUUAGCCUUUCUUCUGUUUGUCACCCACCUUGAACUGUUCCAUGUACUCUAAUCCGUUCAUCCAUUAUACAAAUGGUCUUCUCUUGCAGGUCCAUGGUGGGAUCUUGAGAAUCUUUCCUGAGGGUGGCCCCAAUGUGGCGGACAUUGAACCCCUCUUUGACCGGCUGCUUUUUUUCUGGUCUGACAGACGCAACCCCCAUGAGGUGCAGCCAUCAUAUGCAACCAGGUACCUCUCAUGUGUGUGUUUCUGCAUGUGCAUGCGGUAUUGGGCAGUGGUUGUGGUUUUUAAAAAUAUAUAUAAUUUUUUUUUAGAUAUGCUUUAACUGUCUGGUACUUUGAUGCCAAAGAGCGAGCAGCAGCCAAGCAGAAAUUCAAACGGUUGAUUGGUAAGUGAUGUCAUUCUGAUUUACAAUUAGUUCUCUAGUUUACCGGGUGACCUUUAUAUAUAACCGGUCCACGUGUUUACUAGGUAAAAAUUUCAUUGAAGAAAAAACUUUUUAUGGGGGGUGAAAUCUCAACCAUUUGCUGAUGAUAUGCGAAUGUUCGACCCCCAGGGGUUGGUUGGUUGGUUUGUUUGUGUGUGUGUGUGUUCUUAGCCUCUAUUUAAGUCACAUUUGUGGCUGAAACACUGUUAGAUCAGCUGAUGAGUGCAUAAACAUUUAUAUGAAUGUUAUUUAUGUAGCGCCAACAUACUUUACAGCAUUAUAUAUUUUAUAUAAAAGGAUAAAACAAAAUAUAAGAAACAAAAAUGGUGAUCAAAUACCUUGCUCCAACAAGUUUAUUCUGCAAAUAUAAUUUCCUCUAGAUUGUAACUAUUUAUGUACAAUGACUGGUCGACCUACAGAUGUUUCAUUGCCCAUUAUAUAACAGACUGCGUUAUCUUAAUUUAUUUUUUCCCCCACUCUUAUAUAGCAAUUCCACUUUAAUACGUGUAUCGCUGACAUGUGAGAGCAAUUGUAAACCAGCGAUGCGUGUGACCUGUGUACAUGUGUGUGACUGUGUACGUGCUUGCCUGUAUAGAAGGGGAGGAGUCCUGUACUGUAGGUUUGUCACACAUCCAGCCACAAGCUCUUUGUUGAUUAAGCAGACAGGAAGCUGUCCUUAUCGGAGGUCACCAUUCCCCCCUUGUGGGACACUAUAAACACUGCUGCACAGAUCCAUGCUCGGUGUUCCUGUACAGCUACAGACAAGCAGAUUAGCAAAGGAAUACGGUUAGAAAACCUCAGCUAAUCCGCUCUUUGCUUUGUUUUUUAUUCCUUGUAUAGCUCUGUACAUCCACAGCUAUGUAGAAUUAUUUACAUUUUGCUCGAUCCUAACAAUGCCCCAUUAAAGACAAACCUCUGGCAACGAUCUUGGAAACAAAAAUGUACAAACACUAACUGAAAAUUGGAUGUUUUGGUGGAUAUUAAGGAUAUCUGUAUUCUGCUACCUUUUGUUUUUUAUUGUGAAAUAUAAAUAUAUUUUUUAUUUUCUUCUUUAAUCAAUUGGUAAAUGCAUUUAAAACCAUGAAUACAUUUUAUAACAAUUCUUUUUUUUUUUUUAAACAAAAGUUUCAAAUUCAAGGUGUUUUUUUUAUUAUUAUUAUUUUUUUUCUUAAUUAAAAAAAAUAAAGUUUCAUUAUCCAUGCUUUAUUUAAAGAAUACAUCAAGCAGUCAUAGUUUUAUUUGCAUUUUAUUAUUUUUGCAUAUUUCCGAGAUUGAUUGCUCAUUCUGUAAUGUAUGGCGUGCACAUAUUCAGAGGAAAUGUUUAGGGUGUGAUGUAUGGAUGGUUUGUUAAAUUGUUCUGUUACCUUCAACUGAGGUUAUGCUUUAUUUUAAAACAUUUUGAAGUGGAUGACGUCGCUCCCUUGCACUGCGGUAUUUUAAAACAUAAUCUAUCUCUGUAAAUAAAUUGUUGUAGACUAGUCUUAGUCUGUUAAGAAUGUAUAUGCUACAUGGGCUGGACCCAGUCUAUAAAUACGACUGAUACAUAUUUAAUUUCAGCCACUGUGAAAUAAUAACUUAAAGUAGCUACCUCUAUUAUAAUCUGUGAAGCUUUGGAGAAAUGCUUAGUUUACACAUAAGGCAGAUGCCUGUCAUGAGUCCUUUGGGAGUUGGUUGUAGGGCUAAGUUCUAAGAUUGUUUGUGCUUUUAUAAUACUUAGAGUUUUAUUUGAGGUUUAAUGUUAAGAUUUGAAAUGGGGAUUGGUAUGGAGUUAUGAUGGAUUUGUUUUAGGGAUCAAAGCUUGGAUUUGGGAUUAGGACCAUUUUGUAAACACCAAUUAAAGAUUACGUACGCUUCCAUAAAUGUUACUGAACCUUAAUCUCUAUAUAUAAUUCAAAGUUUUAUGCCUCAACAUGAAUUCUACCCAAAACAGUUACCCUAAGUAAAUAUUUCUAAUGUAAUCUAAUUUUGAAACAUUUAGCGUAUUUGGUUUUUCAUUUACUUAUUUAUUUUUAAAUAAAUUUGCAUUUGACCUUUUUGGAUAGUACCAGCCUGUCGUUUAUUUUGAAUUGUGUACUUGAAGCAUAUGCAUUUUUAGAAUGUAAAAUGGUGUUGAAAUCAAUAAAUGUUAUAUUCAAAAUGAAACAUGAGGACAAUGAGAAAAAAGGUGGCGGAAAAGAUUUCUAAAGCGCCUAUUUCUGGUCCGAGGUUUAUAAGGUAACCAAUAAAAAUGCACAUCAUCGUAUAGCUGAGUUUGUUCCUCUGGCAUGGCUUGCGUAGUAUUUAUUGUGCCAGAUUGCUUAUGGUGAUUGGAGUUAAGGUGGAACAGCUGGCUAGAGGAUGUCCGAUCAUGAUGUGGGUACUUGAUUGUUCAUGAUUUGGCCUUAUGGAUUUUUGUCACUCUUUUUGUUUUAGAAUCCAAGGAAGAGCCUGCCACCAAAGACAGCUGAUGGGGGAUCGCUUCAUCUUAAAGACAUGAUAGAAGGUUGCGUUUCUAUCUUCCUCUGCUGGCCGGACUAUUGAGCAGCACUUUAAUGGGUGGAGGAGUCAAAAUUGUGGAUACCUUGGUUCUGCUUCUACAAUCAAAUUUUCAAAUCUGGUUCCCCAAGGCUCUCGACCCAUACAAACUCAAGGAACUGACCGGGACACUUCUUCAGAGAUGAAAUAAUCUUUCUUAAUUUGUCAAGGAGAAGACGAGAGGCACAGACUUUGCAAUUACCAGUACUAAAAAAAAACACGGUCCAGUGUAAUUUGAGCUGUACUUACUGCAUGCCCAUUGAAGCACGGUGUAGAGCAUGUCUACUAACGCGAUUGAGCUCUUCAAACCAGUUAUCCCUUUGUCAGAAUGAAAAAUCUGUGAAGCUGACUGUCUUACCUCCUGUCCAGCUUAUCGAACUGUAUCUGUUUGAACUUCAAACCGUUAACUGUGUCCUGGGGGCACGUAAUUCCUCUCUGGUACAGCAUACUUCCCUGCUUUUACUUCUGUCCUCAGAUAACCAAGAAUUCUGGGGUUGUACUCCUGAAACAGUUGUGUUGAGUUAAUAAAGUUGCGGUGUUAAGGCCAAACUAGCAGAGCUGGACAACGUUGGUAAAUCUGCACUUUUUGGCCUUUCUUUUAGCUCCUUACUCAACUCCCCCCAAUUGAAAGUAAACUAUGUAUUGUAGGCCAUGCGCUGAUUUACAUACAAUAUAAAGCACAGGGAAUGGUACUGUAACUAAAAGACUGCUCUGCUGGACAGAGUCUAUUUUUUUUUUUUUUUGUCCUUUUGCGUAUUAUCCACGUGAAGCCGUUCUUUUAACUUGUUGACAUGAUAAAAUAUGACACUUGGGUGUAGGAGAAUGUGCAAGUGUAUAUUUAAAUGAUCUAUCCUAUUUGCCACUCCUGCUCGUGUGGAUUUAUAUAUUUUUAGAAUCUGUAAAAAGUCAAAUUAAAAUUGUGUAAAAAUGCUGAUGUUUUAUUGUCCAAUUUUAACAAAUUUUUGGCCUGGAUCCCCGCAGCAAAUAAUUGCAUAUGAUUCUUAUUAUAUUCUUAAAGGCACAGCACACUUUAUGAUUUGGUUUAUGCUUAUAAAGAAUUGCAAACGGCUAUUGAUUUUACGUGAUUUAAUGUGAACCUUAUACUGUUGUAGGCAAAAGUUGAAUGUUAACAUUAAAGGGACACUACAUUGCCUAAAUUAAA